AUGGCUUUAUCCAGCCUGUGCUAUCCAGAAUGCGGGGUGGCCCGGCCCAGCCCCGUCUCUGGUACCUGCAACGAGCCGUGCGUUCGGCAGUGCCCUGACUCCGAAGUGGUGAUCAGACCCUCCCCGGUUGUGGUGACCCUCCCCGGACCAGUUCUCAGCACCUUCCCUCAGCAGAGCGAAGUGGCAGCCGUAGGAGAACCUGUGGUGGGAGCCGGCUACGGGGGCUCCUUCGCUAACGGGGGAUUGUACGGCUAUGGAGGCCGUUACGGAGGGUUGUUCGGUUAUGGGGGUUAUGGUUAUGGAGGCCGUUACGGUUAUGGGGGCUUAUGGGGCUACCCAGGCUUUUAUG